AUGAACCCAUUUGAAGGAGGAGAUAACCCCAGUGAUGCAGCCUGGAGUCUAUGUGCUUUACUUUUUUACUUUGCUUCCGUGACCUACAUGUUUGUCGAGAGCUUGGAAGGUGAUGGAUCGUGGAGCGUAGCUUCCUCAUCGAAGGAAGAGCGUGUCAUACUUGAUGACUCGGACCCUAUCAAUACCCCAGAGAUUGAGGAUACUGAUGAAGAGCCCAAUUAUACUCUGGCUAAGCACCCAUUAGAGACAUCCCUAUCACCAGACUACACAUCAGCUGGGUUAGAGCUUAUCAGUUCCGAGUACGAGCCUAACGAGGAUAGGGAGGACAUUGCUACCUCACCGGAGGCCUCACCAACCUAA